UAAUCGAAUAAUCAAAAUUCAAUAAAACGUCAAAAUUCUCAGUCAUCCAUCUCAUAAUCAUCAAGAAAUUUCGCAAUAAUAAAAAGGAAUAAAAUAUAAUUUCAAGUCACUUCAGCGUUUCAUACAAUGUGCGACUGUUCACCAUGCCCAGCGACAAUUAUACAAUAUGAAGAACCAACUGAAUAUGUCAAUAUUGAUAUUCAUGCGUUUCCCUUACCGCCACCGCCGCCACCGCCACCUAAGCCCGGUGUUCCACCGCAUUUGCUAAAAAUUUUAGAAAAAUAUCCAUACAAUUGGCGGUUGGACCAACUAUCAAAACAGGUUCCACGAAAACAAAGAUCUAAGUUCACUGGGCCUCCAAAGCCUUCACGCCCAAAAGUUCCAAUAUUGAUACCAGAAAUACAAUUUUUUGCCGAUCAUUUAUCCAGACCACCUUUGAGGACUGUCAUAUUGAAUAAAAAACAAUUCGGACCAAAAAUAACCAAAAAAAGAAGGAAAUAUUUCAACAAUAUCAUUAAGAAGACAUGGAAUUCCAUUUACAACUAUUACAAGAAGAAAGCCAGAGACAAAAGAAACAGAGCUUUGGCAGGAAAAAAGAGCCUAGGAACAAAAAAAUCAGAAAAGACAAUGGAUACAAAACGACUAGAAUCAUUAGCUCAACCAAAAAAACUUUUUCUCCCACCCAAAAAAGAGUCCAAGAAAAAAAAGAAAACGUGGAAAGAAUGUCCUGAUUGUGCCGAUCAUUUGGACACAUUAGCAGCUCCAAAAGCACGGAAAGAAGUACCAACCAGAGAGUUAGGCUACGUAAAUCCAGCUGCACUAACUUAUACCCCAACGGAAACUAUUUUAAAAUUAUCUAGACAAUUUGAUAGAUACAAUAAAAUAUUACCCCCUUUGGAACUGGGAAAAGUAAAUAAGAGCGCACUGCGAUAUAAAAUUACUCCUCGCAUAGAAGCAUUGGCGGUACCUAAGAAACGUAGUGAAAAAGAAGUAGAAGAUUCAGAAUGGGAUCCUUGGGCUAUAUCGAAAAAUGCAUUAAAGUAUAAACCGACACCAAGAAUUUUAGAACUAGCGAAACCCACCGAACGAGAUUAAUAAACGCAGAGAGCGAAAAUAAUAUUGUCCAUAUCAGCUUAAAUGAUAAGCUUUCAUUACUAUCCUAUUAUUUAUUUAAUGAAACUUUUAGUAACGAUACAGGAAAUAACUUAAUUCAUGUCACGUUUGCUUGGUUUAUGCAGCAAAAAUUAAAACUAAAUUGAAAUUAACAUUGAUCUAAACUUUCUUGGUGGUAAUUUUUUGGAUAGAAAUUCCCUGUAUGGGUCUUUUUGGUCAUACAAAUGUGGAAAGCUCCCGACACUGUCUACCAGUAUUCUAUCGUCUAAAGGGCAUUGACCACUUCAAGAUUAUGCUUUUUUCUAUUUUUUUUUAUUAGUUUUAAAAAUAAAACACCACGGUGGGAAUUGGCGCAAUAACCAAAAAACAAGGAUGUUAUAAACAAAACAAUACAGACUGAACUAAUGUUUCUGUGCUCAUAACCUCACAAAAUUGAGGAAUUAUACUAAAAAGUUAAAAGAUAAUCUGUUGGUUCAAUUUUUAUUUAAAUUUUUCCACGAACUACAAAUGCUAUUCCAGCAUCUUUCAACUAGUAACUCAAUUUUUAAUUUUGGCUGCAUAAACUAAGCUUUUGUUUUUUUCUAUAGUUUCAAUUUCUACAAGAAAUGAUCAAUUUCAUAUAGCAAGCCAACUUCAAUCACAACUUAACUUUAUUCAAUAUAAUUCAAUAUAUUCAAAAGCAUUCUUUCCAGUAGUAUCUUUUGCGUCUGGUGAUUUAUCACCAAAUAUAUUUCUUUUGGCAUUAAAAUACGUUUGUUGUAAUGCUUCUCAUAUUCUCACGAGGACCUAGAAGAUCAGAAUGAAACUAUCAUCAACCCCCUCACGCAAGAUUCCUUUGUUUACUUUCCAUUAAUGCUUCUAGAAAUGAUUAAUUUCAUAUAGGAAGCCAGCUUCAAUCACAACUUAACUUUAUGGAAUAUAAUUAUAUUCAAAAAUAUUAUUUCCAGAAGUGUCCUUCCAUUAAUACUUGUAGUUACCAGUUCCUUUUGUAAUAAGUUCGGAUCACGUGUCUUGGAUAUUUAUAUCUAAUAUUUAAAACAAAAUCAUUCGCAUGUACUGGAAUUUUGAUGUAAAUUCAUCACAGUUCACAAUUUACAGCAUUUGAAGCUUCGAGAUCUUCUUUUUUCUUUUAUAAUACAGCACGUUACCUUGAUUUAUCUCCUUGUCCAUAUUCAUAUGUAACUUCUUCACCCUGCCAUUUGUCUUCUUCUCAUUUUCCAGUCAACAGUUGUUAACUACGGCUUUUUUUAUCUAUAUACAGUAUGCGCCAAAAUAUACAUGACUAAGUCAUUAAAAUAGAAGUCAAUAGAGUUUCCCGAUCAUCAUCCUCAAUGGAAUAAAGAACCAAUCAGGCUGUAUGCUUAUUAGUGUUAAAACCACACAUUAAUCAAGAAUUGUAUGGCCACAUAUUCAAAAUAUAUCAUUACAACACUUAAUUGACGUCACGUCCAUGGUUGUCACUUGUUCUCUCACGUGAAUUGGCCUACCAGAUCUUAGCACCAAUAAAAACACAUAAUGCGACUACUGUCAUACGUCAAAAAGCAGACAUGCGCGUAAUAGCGGCCCAUCAUCAAGUUUUGUAUAUUAUGGCGCAUAUCGUACUUUUCUUUCAAUUAUAGAGUUGAAACUGAUUUCUGAAUAACCAAUAAUUUGACUAAUAAAUCUUCAAUUCAUUAUGUCUUAAUAAAAACUACAGAAAUUAUUUUUUAGAAAUAACUAUUUAAAGCGCAAAUGUUUUUUACUUAUGUUUAAAUACCAAACUGAGUAUUAGCAAAUAUAUUUUGAUGAUUAAAUCUUUGCAAACUAGAAAGUAUGUAUAAACAAACUUUUUGUGGAAAGUGCACGAUCUUUAAAUAUUAAAAUGGACUCAAAUUUUUCUUAAAAUAUUAGGAAAAGUAUUGGAAACUUAUUGUUUGCUCUCUAUUGUAUAAUUUUAAACGUAUAUUAAUUGUAUUUUAAGCGGAAACGUUGAAUAUUGUAUAGGUCUAUCUUUCAGUUAACAGUUCAUCAAAUAAAUUUGAUUUUGUAACAUG